AUGUCUACCACGGAGACGAUCACCAAGACAACCCCAUCCUUCUCCAUCCCUGAGAGAACCUCGGUUAAUGGGUCCAACGGAAAGGAAAGGAUUGAAACCCCUCCCCAAGUCCAAGUCGCCGGUACGACGAAGAGCGGAAAGAAACUGAGCAUCAGGACUUACCCCAAGUUCGAGAAUCUAGAAGAUGAACGGCUCUAUCGGAAACAGCACCUAGCGGCAGCAUUCCGGGUCUUCGCCGACCGUGGCUUCGACGAAGGCGUUGCGGGGCACAUAUCUGUCCGGGAUCCCAUUUUAACCGAUCACUUCUGGCUGAACCCGCUCUCGAUGCACUUCUCCCUGAUCAAGGUAUCCGACCUGAUCCUUUGCGACGAAGAUGGCGACGUGGUCGAAGGCGACGAGCCGGUGAACGCAGCCGCUUUCGCAAUCCACUCGCAAAUCCAUAAGGCGCGACCGGACGUGCAUGCGGCGUGCCACGCGCAUAGCGUCCAUGGCAAGGCGUUUUCGGUCUUCGGCCGGGAGCUAGAGAUGAUUACCCAGGAUGCCUGUCGCUUCUACAAGAGUCACGGGGUGUACCGGGACUUUAGAGGCGUAGUUCUCGACAGCGAAGAGGGGAGGAGAAUCGCCAAGGCCCUUGGAAAUGGGAAGGCUGUCAUUCUCCAGAACCACGGUCUGCUUACUGUUGGCGGCAGUGUAGACGAAGCGGCCUUCUGGUUCAUUAGUCUUGAGAGGACAUGCCAGGCUCAAUUACUUGCGGAUGCUGCUUCGGUUUCAGGACACAAGAAAAUUCUCAUUGACGAUGAUGAAGCCUCUUAUACUUCUCUUCAGGUUGGAGGUCCUGAGAAGGGGUGGCUUGCUUUUCAAGCCAUAAUUUCCAACCCUUCGAUGGUCCAGCACGCGCUUGUCCUAAGUCUCCAGCAGAUGCUAUCGAAGACGAAAGGAGGCGACGGCAGGAUCUCCAGAACACUCCAGACCAUUAAAGGCUCCUUAUCGAAGAGCAGGGCGGCUGAGCCUCUAAUUCCAUGUUUUGCGCAAGACCCAGCUUACUUGCUUGGAGACAAGACGGUUCUGUCGGAGGUAGGAAUCACAGUUAUAGAGGACCCCUGGGCGUUUUUGGAAGUAGACCAUACGAGCCUCGUGGUAUCUGUUGAUCCUAACAUUCCCGUGCGACAGAUCAUCGCUGAUAUCGCACGCCCUGUGGCGAUUAUCCAGCACAGAAUGAUGGAGAUGAAUGGGCCAAAUUCUCGAGCUUGCGCUGAUCACUCAUCUACGCGGGUCCAACGGAUGCUAGAAGAUGAGUACAAUGAAGAACAUAUAGUAUAUCAUGAAUCUUUACACGAGGUCGUCAUGUACAUCAGAAAGCCCAUCCGCGAGUAA